UCCAGGACACAGGGGGGGAGAAGUGACUGCUCCUCCUGCCAAUCACAGCCUGUCCCUCCCCGGCAGCAGACACCGCUCGGUGCACUUACAUGCACUUUAAUGAACACAAUCCUCAGCCUCCAGGAGGGAGACUCUCAGGACAGGAUGGAGCAUAGAUGGAGUUCAGAUGAGCUGGAUGAUGAUGUGUUUUAUCCAGAUGAUUUUGAGUUCUCCAGGGAACCUUUAACGUCAUCAACUUCAAUGUUCAGUCCGAGCCCUCCGUACAAUUGUCUCCUGGGCCGGUUCCAUCUCUUCACUGUAUCUCACUGCUGUGGUCCAGGAUGCAGGAUUACAGAGUCCAAAGACAAAGCUACUCAGACCUUAGAGCCGUCUUCUCUUAAUGGUGAUGUCAUGUUACCAUGUGGCGUUUCAGAAUCUCCACAGAGACUUUUCUAUGGAAAUGCAGGAUAUCUCUUACACCCACCUACAAACUUAACCCUGCGGUUUGGAAGUGAGACAGGUCAUCUGAGGCAGGAGCAGAAUUCUGAGCGCAGGAUUGCUCGAAAGUUACAGUGCAUUGGAGAUCAGUUCCACAGACUUCAUCUACAGAGGAUUCAACAAAACAGAAACCAAAUCUGGUUCCAGUUAUUGGUCUUUUUUCGUAACUUGGUCAUCCAUCGUGAGAGGAACAGAGGUGGCUUCCAGAGGUGAACAUCACCUACGAGUCAAAAUCUACUCUGCUCUGGUAUCACUGGACAAUUCUGUGUUGGAUACAGAAGAGGAUGUUCCAGCAUCAUCAGGGAUUUCUGGUCAAACACUGUUGGGACAACAACUUGUGUUGAUAUCUGUGGAAUUGAACAGCAUUAUGGGUAAUUGAACCAGGCUGACAUGUUUUGUUUCUGCAGGUGAGCCUUGAAGGUUUUACACAACCAAACCUAAAUCUAGUAGAAGAGAAGAUGUGCUUUUAUUCAGCAGGUACAAGAGACAAGGAAAGAUCAGGACCUACCUCCAAAUAUAAUAAACUUACCCUCUUUGGCCAUCAUCAAAUCUUCUCACGAGUGGAACGCAGGUAGAGCCAAAAAACAUGUCCGUUAUCAAAUAUCUGAUGUUUUUAUGGAGGAAAGAGAACAAAAACUGAUGAAGAAGUGCAUACAUAUAAUUGUCUUUAUAUCUUAUACAUCUUCCUGCAGUAUCUCACAUAGAAGAUAUUCUUUCUGGGUAACAGUUUAAAGCAUCUUAAGAGGCUGAUCCGUGAUGUGAUAUUCACAUACAACCAGAUAAAACCGUGUAAAAAUCAUUUAUUAGAUGUCAAGAGUAUUACACAACAACCCAUUACAAAAUGGAGGUCCAGCUUAGGUUUGGAUAAUCCUUCAUUCCUCUGGGCUAUGUGAUUGUUCACAAGAGGACAGAGAGUCAUACCACCAUUGGAUCGUGGUGGAGAAGAACAGAAAGUUCCAGGUGAUGAGGCAUGAAUCCGUAACAGUGAGGCGCCCUAUUUUGAUUUUUGCUAUGGGGCUCCAUACGCUAUAUGAAGAGCCCUGGAACGUGUGUAUGUGGUUUUCACCUUAUUAGUACAAGAUAUUUUAUGUCAGUUGACUUUUAUUGUGUGUCAUGCUUUAAAGGGGACGUCCAGCCCCAUGAUAUUUUUUUUCGAAAGAGCUCACAAUGCUAUAAAACAACAUAAGAAGUAAUACUCACCUUAUUGAUACCCUGUUACCCAUGUUAUGGCUUUCCAAUUCUUAGUUCACGGGAUAACAUGACACAACGUGUGAUCGCUGCAGCCAAUCCUUAGCUGUAGCACUGACGGGUUGACACCCUUGAGAUCAGUGCUGAGGCCGGUGGUUGGCUACAGUGGUCAUCACUGGAACUGAGUGAGCAGAAACUGGUGGGAAGUAUCGGCAAUGGAGCUGCAGGUGAUUGGGAAAGUGAGUAUUGCUCCUUUUGUAACAUUACAAUCUCUUUGUAAAAAGAUUUAUGGACAACCUCAUUGAUUGACAUUAAAAGCAAAGAGAGCAAUACUGUUGACCUCAUGAAAGGGUAUGUCCACUUUUAUAAGGUUUCUACACAUAUCUUAACUUGAGUUGCCGGUCUGAGGUCAAGACGGUAACCGAAAGUACUUUGUUUCUACAGCUCCAAUAUUGCUGUGGAAAUACAUGGCUAAGCUUUGAAUUUCUGCUGCAGAAAUGUGGUUUUAAUGCCAAGGAUUUAACUGCAUAUUGGCCCCAUUUAAUGGAGCUUGUCCAUGUGUUGGUACCCAUCAUGUUUCUGCGUGAUUUCAGUGCAAUGUCGCUUCUUGAGAUAGUUUCUAAAUCCACAAGGAACAAUCCACAGCAAAGUGGAUUCCUAAUGAGGAACAUUGAGUGGCGGCAUAGACAUGGUGGAUGUAUCCUAAAAUAAAAUUCUACUGGUUGCCACUGGAAAGAGACAGCGGUUUAUCUCCAGUGUCAGACAUUUGAAUUCUUAGCUAGGUCCUAGCUGUGUAAUUGUCAUGUAAACUCCUACAAUGUCAACGCUGUCUGGUAGCAAGGAGCCAGCAGAAUACUGAAUUUCACCUUCCCCUAUCAAUUAAAGAGGUGUUCCGAUCUGGGAGUUUUAUGACAUAUUCAUAAGAUAUGCCAUAAAUGUCUGAUAGAAGUGGGUCCAACUGGUGGGAUCGGCUCCUAUCACAAGAAAGAAUGGAGAGCAAGUCCCACGCAUGACCACAAUCCUUCCACCUCAAUGGGGCAUGUAACUUCCAAAAAUGGCCAAGUGUGCUGGCUCGCCCAGAGUGGUUGAAUGGACAAGACACCAUGCAUGAACCUCAUUCUUGAGAUAGGAGCAGAUUGACCUGUCGGAGAAUCAUGGCAUAUCCUAUCACUAUGCCAUAAAAGUCCCAUAUGGGAAUACCCCUUUAAUUCAUAAGGGACGGCACUUUCUUACACAGUGCUCUGUGAGAAGAUUUUGCUACCUUGAUAAUAGGUUGCAUGUAUAAACCCACUUAUCAUACAGCUUCAUGGUUGUAUACUAGUGUAUUUACAUGUGCCUGUUUUAUGGUAUUUUUUGCUGUAAUUUUGUGAUAAUCCAAGCAAAAAAAAUGUCAAGAAGCCGAUACAUGAAAUACACCCUCUGGUUUUAGAACCACUGGGUAAGUUCUUAUGAAGACCACUUCCAGAGGGCAAUUGAUAAGCCCAUAUGGACGGUGUAUUUGUAAUAUAUUACUUGUACUUUAUUGUGUUGAAUGAGAGAAUUAGGAGAAUAUUCUCCUGAGUCAAAGGGGUUUUCCAGGACCUAAGGAUAGGUUAUCGGCAUCAGAUCAGUGGGGGUCUGACUCUCAGCAACCCCAUUGAUUAGCUUUCCUCACAAGCUCUGGUGUCUCAACCAGACACUGGAACUACACAGCUCUGCACGCUGCGUAGUGGCUGCACUUGGUGACAACAGUACUUCUCCCAUUCUAGUGAAUGCCCCCCCUAUCCUAAAGAGAGGUCAUCAAUAAGUUAGUCCUGGAAAAUCCCUUUAAUCUGUCCACAAUCAUUAUGUCUAUGGUACCAACUGAUCAGGUACGAUUAAUCAAAGCCAAUCUAUUCAAAUGUGUGUUAUCUGCUCUUUUUUAGACAUUUCCUUAAAGAGAUUGUUUCAUAACUGUCCUUGAUGGUAUCUCAGUAGAAUAUUUCCACUCAUGAGAUCCAGGUGCUAGCAGAAAAUAGCAGCAGCACUAGACCAGCACCAUCCACUUCAUCUCCUGUCACGUGGAUGGCCAUUGACCAUAACACUUUCUUACCACCAUUUUCUAGCAACUCACUCCUGGUUUUGGCUUCGAAAACUUCAUCAGGAAAUCUGACCUCAACCAUUAAAUUUGAUAAGAUAAUGUUGGCUUAUAAUAAGUAUGUGGUUUGGAAUAUUCAGAGCAAUUUUAAAAAAAAAGUGUAAAAAAGGUGUUCAAUCAAUGGUCUUUCUAGUGAGCAAAUGUAAAACCUAACAUCUCUGUGAAGCUCUAUGUUCUGGCUCAUAGAUGGGGUUAUCAAGCAUGGAGACUCCCUCUCUAUGACGUCCAUAUAAUCUACUAGGGCAUAGGAACAGAGGUUGUCCUCAUGGGGCAACCAUUUUAAUGUGUGUCAAUCAUUCUUAUUUUAUUGUGUUUUUUGUAUAAGCCAGUAGCACGUGUGAAAACAUGAAUCUUUUAUAUAUUAGUGGAAACUGGCAUCUUCGUCACCUUUUAGCAGCCUGUAGUUCAUCAUUCCCUGCCUGGCAGCUCUCUGUAAAUGCUCAAAAACCAUCUCAGUCAUCAAAAAAUCCAUCUAGUGUCAAAUAGUAAGUAGAUGGUGAAGGUUCCUGCUCACUGUUUUAGAAAAGGAGCAUGAGGGAGAGUGAUGGUAGCACGUGGGAGACUUCUGACUAGCUCGAAGUACAAAAAAGCUUGCCUAUUCAGAACGCAUGGCAAGAAAAAAAAACAGGAAGAAAAAAUACCCAAAAUACAUUAAAUAACAGCAUUAACGGCUGCACUACAUGCAACAUCUAGAAAAGCCUACGGUAGAGAAGGAAUGGAAGGUUGGCUACUCAUGCUUGGGUCUCUCCAUUCUUGUUUAUGGGAGUUAUGGAAACCGUCAUUAAGGGAUUCCCAUUCUUGAUAUAUUCUUGAUAUGAAGUCCCAGAGGUGGGACCCACAUCUGUGUCUGAGAUGGGAUUACCCCUUUAACCAAUUUUUUUUUUUUUUUCACAACAAAACAAACUAAAAAUAAGUUCAAAUUGUAUAAAGGCAAUGUUAAUCAGCUUAUUCAAUCCCGUUCAACGAAAUAUUGCCUCUUAUGUAAUUAAUAAGGUCUAUGGCCAUACCGUCAUUGAAAUCAAUGGGUCCGCACAGUGAUUUGUAGUGCACACGGCCGGCAUCCGUGUUUUACUGAUGUGUAAAAAUAAAAACAGCUACAGUCAUGUGAAUGCCCCCUAAGGGUGAGCGGUUUGAAUAUUUUUUUCCCCCUGAUUUUAAUUUCUAUGUUUGGAUGGCUGGGUACUUUAUAGGUGGACAUUUGGGACUGAAAAUGUAGUGUAUUUUAUCCCAGCUCAGAUGGAUUCAUACAUUUUGAACCCUUUCAUUAUGGGUGGUUGUAUCAUAUGAUCCCCAGUCUGACCACCAGUCCAGACCUAGCUAUUCUGUGUAGGCAGGAGAUCAGUCUCUCCUGUGUCGCUGACUUCCUGUAGGCAACAGAAUUCCAUCAUCUUCAAAUUCCUCCUGGAAGCUCUUAGAUCUCUCCUCUCCCCAUCUCUGCCCUCCAAAUUUCUCUGUAUGUCCCUCCAUGUAUAGAGUGCCUCUGAAGAUAUCAUUUCUGCCUUAACUAAGGCACCAGAUGUGCAGUAACCUAGUAACACGGCUUGUAAGGCUGAAAAAAGACGUCCAUCCAGUUCAGUCUGUUAUCUGGCAAAGUUAAUCCUGAGGAAAGCAAAAACCCCGACUCCAAUCAGGCAAUCAGAAUAAAUCCCUGGAUCAACGACCCCUCUCUAGUAGCUAUAGCCUGUAAUAUUAUUACACUCCAGAAAUACAUCCAGGCCCCUCUUGAAUUCCUUUAUUGUACUCACCAUCACCACCUCCUCAGGCAGAGAGCUCCAUAGUCUCACUGCUCGGGCAAGCAUUGCAGUCUUUGGUUCUGUCAUCACGUUCAUUGUUCACACGGCCGUUCUGCAAAUUCCCGUUUAAAGGCACUCUUCCAUUACUUUUUUAACCACAUAUUAACAACCUUUAUGUGAAUAUUCAAGGUGGACUGGUUUUCUGGAUAUAAUUUUUGGAAAUCACUACAUACUGUAUAUUCUACUUAUUGUCCUGGCUCUUCGACUUCCUCCUUCCUCUUUUAGGACUUUCUCAGUCAGACCAUUCACUGCGACCAGAGAGGGAAGGGGAUGAGUGACUCAAUUACAGCAUCACAAAAUACACUGAAACGUGCAAUAAUCUUCUGUGAACAUCUUUAUCUAGGCUUAUGAAUAGAGCUGUUAUGUUGUUAUCCCAAUCCUUCUGACUUACUAUUAUACUAACAGAUAGCAUUUUCCUCCUCACAGCAGCAGUAAACUAAACAAUGGGAUCCCUAGCUAUGUAGGAGUUUUAUUUCUCUGUGCUGACUGCUAAAGAAGGACAAUGUUUUGUAUUUCAUUUACAAUAGUAAAGUGCUGUUGAAAUGAAAAACAGCCAAAAAUUAUUUUAAAACAAUGUUUUCUAUGAUAUUCAGAUGAAAAAAUUAACCCUUUCUGACGUAAGUGUCUGUUUAAGUGAAUUAGAUUACAAUGCAAUACCAGGUAUAGCCACAAUGCAAUGUAUGGCGCUAUGCCUGGUAUACAGCGAAGAGUGCCUUCCCGCCAGCUGAUUUGCAUGGGUGCUGGGAGUCAGACCCCGGCUGAUCUGAUAUUGAUAGCCUAUCCUAAAGAUAGAUCAUCGAUAUUGAAGCCCCCUAAAUAUCCACCCCUAAACAUUUUCGUUUCUAAAGCUAAAUAGGUCAAAAUUUUGGCACAGAUUCAUUCUUAAAGGGGUUGGCCACUAUCUCAGUACUUUACACAACAUUGUUGGAGGCAGGGUAAUAUAAUAUCCCCCCCCCCCUGUGGGCUCCAGCCCCCAUUGUGCCCCCCUAAUUUCAGGAUGGCCGGCGGCAGCGCUGCUGAUCCCCCUUCCGCCCUGAUCUGUUUCAGGAUGGUCGAGCGGUUAGCAGAGUGUCAGCUAUAAUAUACAGCUCACACUCUGCUUGAAACGUCCGACAUUGGUGUUGGCACCGAUGUCGGCCCUUUAACCCCUUCCAUGCUGCAGUCCAUGGGGACCGCUGUAUGGAAGGGGUUAAGAGAUGGAGGGAGCUCCCUCUCCCAUCGGGCUGCUGCUGUUCUGUGGCAGCGGCCCGAUGCUUGAUGGGUUAACAGAGGGAGGGAGCUCCCUCCCCCAUUGGGCGUUGCUGUGGCAGCAUCCCGGUGGAUACAAUGGCAACCGGACGCCUUCACAGGCAUCUGGCUUGCCUUGGUAUAGCUGAUCAGGCUCCUACUAAAGGCACUACUGUGAGUGACAAUGCACUGCAGUACACUAUACAGUGUACUGCAGUGUAUUGUAAACCAUCAGACCCACUGAAUCUUCAGGAACCAAGUGGGUCUGGGUAAAAAAAAAAUGAAAAAAAAGUUAAAAAAACAAACCGUCACCUCAUCCCGGAAAUAAAUGACCCCCUACAUGAGACAAAUCGCCCAUAAAAUGAAAAAAAAUAUGGCCUUCAGAAAAUGGAGACACAUUUUCUAAAAUGCUUUUCAUUGUGUAAAGCCAAAAUAAAUAGACAAAUUAGGUAUUGCUGCGUCCGUAACGACCUGCUCUUUAAAAAUAUCACACACUCUUCCAGCAAAAGGUAAAUGGCGUAAAUAAUAAAAUAAAAAGUGUGCCAAAACAACCAAUUUUAUUGGUCUAUUUGCCCAAUAAAGUGUAAUGAUCAAAAAAAUAUAUGUACCCCAAAUUUUGACCAAUGAAAAUGUCAACUCUUUGCACAAAAAAUGAGCCCCUGCACAAGACAAUCGGCAGAAAAAUUUAAAAAAUAUGUCCUUCAGA